AAGCCUUAAAUGAAAUCAACCAGGUGUUGGAAGUUGUGCGUGAAGUUCAUGGUUUACAUUUUGCUCAAGUAUGGGGCCCGUGCAGGGCACUGGUUAAGGGUGACAUCUUCCAUGUGAUGCUCAAAUUUGAUGAAGUUGACUGCUACAGACUACUCGGUAUGGUCAAUGUUGAACUUCACUUAAGAAAGGGGCAAGGAGUUGUUGGGAGAGCAUUCUACUCCCCUAAUGUAUUAUUGUGCAAGGAUGUAACCCAACUUAGCAUAAUUGACUACCCAUUGGCACACUAUGCACGAGAUCAUAAAUUAGGUUGUUGUUUCGCAAUAUGCUUGCAGAGUAGUUGCACCGGAAAUGACGUUUAUGUGUGAGUGCUUUAUGCAGCCAAGCAACAAAGACUACUAUGCUAAUCAACAGACUGGAUUGAGGAAAAUAUUGGAAACCAUGAAGAAAAAUUUUCUUACUUUUAAGCUUGCUUCCGGAGAAGAACUUGGGGGACAUUUAUAUAUUGAAGAAAUUCCUUUUCAGAACGGUGAGAAAAUUGAUUCUGUUCAAAUGCCCCAGACUACUAAAUCUUUAUCUAGGCUGGAGCCCUUACAAAGUGGAGGAGAGAUGUCACAACUGGAUUUAUUGAAUCAACAAUCAAUGGAUGCAUUAAACAAUGGAAGCAAUGUUGUAAGUGCCGAAAGAAGCAACAUUGAUGUUACUUGUUUACAGGAGAAAGGCAAAACAAAGAGGCCAAAAAGAGUGCACAAUAAAACUGGAGUUAAAAUUGAAAUUCCUUUAGAUGAUAUCCUACAAAAUUCGAAGAAGAGCAUCGAGGUUGCUGCAGAUAACCUCGAAGUUAGCCGAUCUACACUAAAGCGUGUUUGUAGGGGUUAUGGUUUCCCGAGGUGGCCACCACGCAAGAAGAAUAUGGUUGGUUCCUCUCAACCUAGUGAAUCUUCCCCGGGUGUUGAUCAUCAACAAAUACCACAAUUAAGUUAUGAUCAGCCUUUUAGUCAAGUCUCAGCUAUUGUUGUUCAUGCAAACCCAUGUACUACAGUGAUCCGAGAUGCAAAUAUUGUGACCGUGAAGGCAAAAUAUAUCAAUGAUAUUAUAAUAAAGUUUCUGCUGUCUUUGUCAUCGGGACUAGUUGAGUUGCAGCAGCAAAUCACCAAUAGACUGCACUUAGAGGAUGGAACAUAUUAUGUCAAGUACAAAGAUGAGGAUGAUGACUUAAUUGUAAUAGCUUGUGAUCAGGACUUGCAAGAUUAUAUAAGCAGUUCUACAUCGCCUGGCAGCACUACCAUCAUGGUAUUCAUUGUUCCAAAGUAGUCAGUUAUCACUGACCAACUUGAAUCAUCUGUGUUUUUUUUGUUGCUGCUGUAUCCUCUUUUGUUCUAUCUUUUGAUUCUAAAGAUAGUUGUUGGACGAUCAUGCCUUGUUUGUUCUGUUUCAGGAAGGUUGGUAGUGUUUUGGGCUUUUUCGUU